AUGCUUUAAAAUAUAACUCAAAAAAGAGAGAAGUUUAUUAUUGGACUUAAGAAAAAAGCUAGAGAAGAAACAUUCAGAAAAAAUCGAUUUCCAUAAUCAAAAGACAUAAUUCCAUUUACUUGUAGCAAUAAUAUAUUUUAAUAAUCAUAUUACGAGGCAUUCGAAAAAGGCAAUUAAUAGGUAAUUUAGUGAAUAUUUAUCAAGAAAUUUAACUCUAUGAAUGAUGAAUAUGAUAUGGAUGAAACAAUAACAGACAGCAUUUUCAAAGUUUAGUAAUUAAGCAAUUAUUAUAAUGAAUAUGAUUGUGAACCUGAUUAUAAUACUACAAAUGAUGUUGAACGAAUAUUCAAAAUAUUUAAUAUUGGUUAUCCUCAAAUAGAUGUAGAUAUAAAUAUUAAUUUUUCAGAAAUCUUGUUUACAUAUAUUAUUGGCUAUUUCAGCAGGAAAUCAUCAAUAAAUUCAACCUAUUCAUGAAUACAUAUAAUAACUUGCUGGCUAUUAUAAUUCAACUUACUAUACAGAAUUAUAAUAGUACAUUUUGGAUAUUUUUGCAAAUUUAGCUUGUGAUUGUUACCAAUGUAGAGACUUGAUUUUAAUACUAUAACUUCCAAAAUGUUUAUGGUAUAAUAUAUAUUCAAUUAAAGGAAUUACACACUCAAAUGUAAACAAAAAUGUUUAUUUGAUGACUUUUAUUCUUUGAUUAUAAAUUUGGAUAGAAUGAAACCAGAAAUUAAUAAAUUUAAAUUAAUUGAGUUACAUGAAAUAUUGUAAGAUCUCUAUAUAUAGUUAUAUAAUGCUAAAGAAAAAUAAUGGAUUCUCAAAAUGAUGAACAGAAUUUAUUCUUAUGAUAAAUCUAAGUUAGAUUUGAGUUUUUUGAAUUAUUUGUUGAAAGGAGAUUUUGAGAAUAUUUAAUUAUGUGGAGAAAUAUUUAAAUAUUUUUAAUAUGUAUCAUUAUUAGGUAAUCUUUUUAUUUAUAAAAUAGAUAAUGAAAUAACUUUAAAUUUUCAAUCUCAGAUGGCACAUACAAUAAUAAAAACAAUUAAAAAUUUUAUGGAUUAAUAGAAUAUUAUAAAAAGAGAAUUAAAAUCUUUAAUCAAAAAAGGUUUUGUGACAUUGAGUAAUUUUAUUACAGAUGAUCCUCAAUAUAUCAAUGAAUUUUGGGAGGAAAUUCUUCCUUAUGCAUAAAACAUCCCUUCAAUAUUUUUAGAGGUUGAUGAUUUUUUUUUGUUUCUCCAUAAUCUAAUCAAAUUUUCUAAGGAUGAAGAUGUAAUAAAAUUAAAUAAGGAUUAUAAAUUAAUUAAGUAAAUAGCUCAAGAAUUAAAUGACUAUUGUGAAGAAAAAGAUAAUCAAUUUUUGUUUAAUAUACUUUUCAUCUUAUACAGACUUAUAAGUAUAGAUUAGGUUAAUGUUAAAAUAUUUAAUGAAGAAGAUUGUGAAUCAAGAAUUUUGUUUGUUUAACAAAUGAAAAUAUCAGAUGAAAAUUACGAAUUAAUAAAUCUAAUUUUGGAUAAACUUGAUUAAUGA